AUGUCUUCAAAUGAACAACAAACUUCAAAUGAUGAUGAUUCAACUGAAGCAAUAGAACAAAAAAAUUUUCAAGCACGUCCUGAAACAUACAAUGGUGCUGAUCGUGAUCUUUAUUGUUGGACACAAACAAUUAAUGAUAUUGAUGUUCGAGUUAAAAUUCCAAAACAUAUAAAAAAAGGCAAAGAUAUUAAAGUUAAUCUAACUAAACAACAUAUAAAAAUUGAUAUAAUCGAAUCAAAUGAAAUAAAAACAUUAAUUGAUAGUGAUUUACCAUGGACAAUACGAGCUGAAGAUUCAACAUGGAGUUUAGUACCUGGAGAAUAUAUUCAUAUUUCAAUGGAAAAAUCAAUGGAACGGUGGUGGGAAAAUUUUUUAAUUAAUGAAAAAAAAAUCAAUCUUAAACAUAUUCAACCUGAAAAAUCUAUGGAAAAUUUAAGUCAAGAAGAACAAAUGAAAAUUCAUCAAAUGAUGUAUGAUCAAAGACAAAAAGCUAUGGGUUUACCUACAUCAGAAGAACAAAAAUAUCAAGAAAUAAUGAAACAAGCAUGGAAUGCUGAAGGAUCACCUUUUAAAGGACAACCUUAUGAUCCAUCAAUAGCUCAAUCGAUUCGGAAAUCUGAAUAA